GACAAACGGGGGCUUAUUUGUCCCACGUGCCAAUGAUUUUAGCAAUCAGUGGUAGCACCUCUAGCGCGUAGCAAAAGGCGUCAAGACUCGAGAGAUGCGUGCAGAUGAUUCUGAACUAAAACGACGCUAAGCUUUCCUUUCCUCUCUCUCCGAACCCAAACCAAACAAGGACAAAAUCCCUCUCCUCUCGGCUUCGUGUGGAUUUCCCCAAGCACUACUCUGGGCGCUAAUGCUUUGCCGCUGUCGAGAUCUGUAGCGCCCGGCCCGUGGGCUUUACCGGCGGCGGGCAUGGAGGCCCCAAACGGCAGCGGAGGAGGCGGCGGCGCGCCGGUGGUGCUCAACGUGUACGACUUGACGCCCAUAAACAACUACCUCUACUGGUUCGGCCUUGGCAUCUUCCACUCCGGAAUCGAAGUGCAUGGCAUUGAAUAUGGUUUUGGAGCACAUGAUCUCCCGACAAGUGGGGUUUUUGAAGUUGAACCAAAACGCUGCCCUGGCUAUAUUUAUAGAAGGUCUGUAUGGAUGGGCACAACUGAGAUGUCUAGGGCAGAAUUCCGCUUGUUCAUUGAAACUCUCGCAGGAAAGUACAAUGGCAAUACAUAUCAUUUGAUUUCAAAGAACUGCAACCAUUUUACAGAUGAUGUCUGUAGGGACAUAACCAGAAAGCCAACCCCUGGAUGGGUAAACCGACUAGCAAGAGUAGGUUUCUUUUUCAACCGUCUCCUACCAAAAAGCAUUCAAGUCUCUGCUGUUGGUCACGUUCCGACCCAUCCUGCAUUAUCAGACGACGAUAUUGAUUCAACAUCUUCAUCAGUUAUUGGGGACAGUGAUGAGGACGAGCUAGACCAACACCUGCUGCCAGCAGCAAGCGUUGACCUUCAUCCUGUAAAUGGGCCACCAAAGCUCGCGAAAGAUCUUCUCUGAAUUAUCCCAGCAUUUGGUUUCCCAGCUGCAUGUGACAGUUGUAUUUCUCCAGCGGAAAUGCCUUGCGUACGAUGAUAUGUGUACGAUCAGACUCAGGCACAUUUCCCAAUGAUGUGAGUCCAUGGCCCCACCUACGGACUGAGUGCUAACACAGGUCUUGUCGUACAAAACCGUCGUAUCAAUUUUAUCGACAUGUAGCAUUUCUGUCAUACGGAAGUAUAGAUGAGCGCUGAUUAUAUUGAUUCUUUUUUGCUGAGUUUUGCUGCAUACACAUGUAAGAAUCGUCCGACGAAGAGGACACUUCGUAACUCUUUGUUCUCUACUAAGUUGUUGCAUUAUGUGUUUGAGUUA